AUGCCGACUUCAUCAACAUCGUCUAUUACCACUACAACAAUUCCACCAGUAGCACAAGGAUCAAGUAAUAAUAAUCAAAAUGAAGUCCUUGAGUUAUCAUGGAUGAAUACAAAUAAUGACAAUCAUGGAAAAUCUAGACUAGAUGAAAUAGCCGUAUUAGAACGUGAACUUCCUCAGAGCCCAGAAGUUGAAAAUGUAUUGACCACGGGGGAAGAUUACUUCUUAAGACGACGUCUGACAAUACCAGGAGCAUCACCACAAUCACCUGGGGAUGUAAAUGAUGAAAGCAAAGCAUUAAUGUAUGGAGCAGAGAAAAAUCAUGAUAAAUUUCCUGAUGGUGGACUUGAAGCAAACAUUGUAUUAUUAGGUUCAUUUAUUGGAUUAAUAGCUGAUUUCGGGAUUGCUAAUGCAUUAGGUGCCAUUGAAUCAUAUAUUGCAUUACAUCAAUUAGCAGGAGUUCCAAAAUCUACUCUAGGUUGGAUUUUCUCAUUACACUUGGGGUUUAUGUAUUUCUUUGGGGUAUUUUUUGGUGAAUUGUUUGAUAAAUUUGGAGCAAGACCUCCAAUGAUUGCAGGUACAUUUUUCAUUACCGUAGGAUUAUUUUGUACUGCUGAAUCAACAAAGAUUUAUCAAUUUAUUUUAUCCUUUUCCUUUGUAACUGCUUUAGGAACACUGUUGGGAAUGAGUGCUUUGAUUGGAUCAUUGAGUCAUUGGUUUUUGAAAAAACGUGGUACUGCUUGUUCCAUUGGUACAAUUGGUGGGUUAGUUGGAUCCGCAUGGUUCACCAUGAUGUUGAAUAAAUUGUAUGGUUCAAUUGGGUAUAAAAAUGCCAUAAGAGUACUUGCUUCUAUUUGUUUUCUUCUUAUGUCUAUAGCUACUGUGCUUGUACGAGAUAGACGAUCUGUACUUCUGACCCCAACAGAUGAUUCAGAAGAGAAAAUCACCAUCUGGCAAAAGAUACCAAAGUUUUUCAAAGGUUGUUUGGAUUUUUCUGUUGUUAAAGAUAUGAAAUUUGUCUCCUUGUGUUUGGCUGUAUUUCUUAGUGAAGUUAUUUCAAUGACUACAUUGACUUAUUUGGGGUCCUAUGCCAUCUAUUUUGGUUUAUCAGAUACUACUUCAUUUAUUAUGCUUACCUUGGUUAACGUCUGUGGUAUCCCAUCGAGAUUAUUGUCGGGGUUGGUUGCAGAUAAAUACGGCCGUUUCAACGUUAUGUGUGUUUGGUCCUUGGCAACAACGAUAAUCAUUUUUGCAUUAUGGUAUCCAUCAAGUUUAUCUAGUUAUCGAACAACUGUCAAUUUAUUGUAUGCUUUUAGUGUAUUAUUUGGUAUCUCGACAUCAUCUGUUAUUUCCUUAAUUCCGGCAUGUACUGGUCAAAUAUGUUCUUCCGAUAGAUUUGGUAAAGUAUAUGGUACUAUGUAUUUCUUUUUGGGGUUUUUAACCAUUCUAGGAAUGUACUUGGCUACAUUGGUCAUAGCAGAUGGGAAAAGUAGAAAUUUUGGGAAUUUUGUGUUAUUUGAAGGAUCAUUAUCUGCACUUAAUGUGCUCAUUUGGAUUUGGGCAAGAUAUUCAGCUGUGGGGUUAAGAUGGUGUAAAUUCUAG